ACUUGAGAAACUAGAAAUGGCGAAUUUCUCCGGUUUACGCCUUCUCUUCUUCUCCUUCAUCAUAGCUACAGGUGCAGUGUCCGUCGUCUCCGGUACCGUUUUCACCAUCCAGAAUAGCUGCAGUUUCCCAGUCUGGCCGGGAAUCCUAACCGGAAACGGCGGCGCACAACUCAACGAUGGCGGGUUUACCUUAAACCCUGGAGCGUCCGUUGACGUAACCGCACCUGCGGGCUGGUCCGGCCGAAUCUGGGGCCGAACAGGCUGUAACUUCGACGGCUCAGGCGCCGGAAGAUGUCUCACCGGAGACUGCGGCAACAAAUUAAGAUGCGCCGGCGCAGGAGGAGUUCCACCGGUCACGCUCGCCGAGUUCACCAUCGGCAAUGGCGGCGCGAAGGACUUCUACGACGUAAGCCUCGUCGACGGUUACAACGUCCAGAUGGGGGUCACGACGCGAGGCGGCUCAGGCGAUUGCCAAAACAUCGGAUGCGUUGCGGACGUGAACGGGCGCUGUCCGAACGAGCUACGUGUUAUGGAUGGGGCGAAUGUUGUGGCGUGUAAGAGCGCAUGCGAGGCUUUUGGCAAACCAGAGUAUUGUUGCACCGGAGCGUUCAAUACACCGGAGAGUUGUCCACCGACGAAUUACUCGAGAAUUUUUAAAGGAGCUUGCCCUAAGGCGUAUAGCUAUGCAUACGACGACGCUUCGAGCACUUUUACUUGUGCCAACGCUAACUAUUCUAUCAUUUUCUGUCCUAGAUAAUUAUCGUUAUCGGACAAUUUGUAAUAUUAUGGAACUAUGGAUUCGUUGAUACUGAUAAAAGGUUUUCUGGAAUGAGAUAAAUU